ACUAAUGUCAGGAAUUUAGUUGCUAAUUGUUAAACACCAAAUUGUGACUUGAAAGUUGGCUGUAUGGUUUAUAUAUAGAUAUUAAUAUGAAUAAAUGUCUUAUUUCACAACAACAAAAAAUCCUUGGUUUUAGGUAAACCCUAAAUGCUUUUGCUCAUUAUUGGGGAGGAAUGUCCCUUUAUGUCCAAUUAGAAUUUCUAAGCAAUAUUUCUGUCCAUUGAGGGGCCUUAGGCUCAAGAGCCAUCCCAAAAGGCAAAAGUUCCAUAUAACCUCUAACAUGACAAAAUUAUAUAAUUGCCUCCAUCCUCUCUCCGCCCCUGCCUUGCCUCCUACUGACAGACACAACGAUGCCCGUGUAAAGAUGGGGGAUUGGAAUUUUCUAGGGGGGAUAUUGGAGGAGGUGCAUAUCCACUCCACUAUGGUGGGAAAGAUCUGGCUCACCAUCCUAUUCAUCUUCCGAAUGCUGGUGCUGGGUGUGGCGGCCGAGGACGUGUGGAACGAUGAGCAGGCCGAUUUCAUCUGCAAUACGGAGCAGCCCGGGUGCCGGAACGUCUGCUACGACCUGGCUUUCCCCAUCUCCCUCAUCCGCUUCUGGGUCCUUCAGGUCAUCUUUGUCUCAUCGCCCUCGCUGGUGUACAUGGGCCAUGCUCUCUACCGCCUCCGAGCCCUGGAGAAGGAGCGGCAGAAAAAGAAGGUCCUGCUGCGUCGCGAGCUAGAGCUGGUGGACGUGGASAUGGUGGCGGCUCGGAAAACGAUUGAGCGAGAGGUGAGGCAGCUGGAGCAAGGYAAGCUCAACAAGGCUCCGCUGUCGGGGUCCCUGCUGCGCACCUACGUGGCCCACAUCAUUACCCGCUCCGCCGUGGAGGUAGGCUUUAUAACGGGCCAGUACAUCCUCUAUGGCUUCCAGCUCUCCCCUCUCUUCAAGUGCGAGCGUGAGCCUUGCCCCAACGCGGUGGACUGCUUCGUCUCCCGGCCYACAGAGAAGAGUGUCUUCAUGGUCUUUAUGCAAUGCAUCGCUGUAGUCUCCCUUUUCCUAAACAUCUUGGAGAUCAUGCACCUGGGCUACAAGAAGGUCAAGAAGGGCAUCCUGGACUACUAUCCACACCUGCAAGACGAGCUUGACGACUUCUACUCAAGCAAAGCCAAGAAAGACUCCGUGGUGCAUCAGACAUGCAUUGCUUCCUCCGGCUGCAAGCCCACCAUGGCCUCCGCGCCCAGUGGCUACAACCUCCUACUGGAGCGGGCCCAGGASGGUCACACCUACCCYYCCCUUAUCAACCCMUCUGCCUUCCUCCCUGUUCAGGGYGAACUGGCUGGUAAACRGAGYGYGGAAGAACUCAAARAUGCUGCACAUARCCYGACGGAGCACAACUCCAACUCCAAUAACACCAGCAGUGACAGCCGCUCACCGCCCUGCGACUCAGUGACCCCGCCAAAGCAGGAGGAGCCAGAGGAGUCUGCAGACUCUCCCAUGCGCCCAAGGAACGCAUCUCACGCUUCCUCCUGCCCAACAUUGCUAGUAGGUGCCGGAAGGAAAACAUGGAGGGUCAACGCUCCCUCAAAUUGUUCCACAGUGGUGGAGGGCAAAGGCUCAGACACAGAUUCUUAUGGGGGUGCUAAGGCCAGUGGUGGGUACCAAGCCCGGACUGCAUCGAAAUCAGAACCCAAAAUGCAUUCCUCCACCCCAGACUCACUGGAGGACUCAAGUUCAGGGUCACAGCAUAGUCCGAGACCACCCUCUUCCAAUCGCCGACCAUCAUCCACAAGCAACGCAAGCAGUAGGCGAGCCCCCACAGAUUUACAAGUUUGAAUGCUAAGAGUAAAACCUAAUAUUUUGUCCCUCAUCAGACAAGAAAACUUCAGUUCAAACAAGAUCAAAAGAACAUGACACGAGUUGUGACAUUGUGCGAACUGCUUUGGAGGUGGAUCUGUUGCAGUAGUCCAGUAAAAUGUAUAGCUGUCUUAUAAGAUGGCACCUCUUUGUUUCUGUACUGUUGAUCUCUACGUGGUAGUUUAUUUUUGUAAUCACCAGCUUCAAAGCCUCUGUCAUACUUUGUGAUGACGUAAGACAUCGAUCAAACAUUGGGUGUGGGGAUUUGCUAUUGGGAAUAUUGACCUGCUUUUGAAAGUGUUGCGGCUAAGACAGGAAAAACAACAGUAUAGAUCACACAGCAGUGACACCGUUGAAUGCUUUCUGUGUGUUUCGGUCCAUUUUAAACACCAUUGUUUAGAGAGAAACCAUGAAAACGUCUUAGUGCUAGAACUAUGGCUGCGUUUAGACAGGCAGUCCAAUUCAGAAUUUUGAUUCAUUAAAUUGGUCUUUUGAACAAUCAA